AUGGGCAAGCCUUUAGACGCCGCGUCGCCCAACCCCUCGUCCUCCUCAACACCCUCGUGCCUCACGGAAGCAUCUGCGUCCAUGACCCUCCACCCGCCGCCGCCGCAUCGCUACUUUGACGAAGACACGGCCGAGCUCACAAACGACGACGACGACGACGACCUGCCUCCCCUGUACUCGGAUCACGAAGAGUUCAACCACAACACCGACUCCUUCACGCCCUUUGACCCUCUCCUCCCGCGGCUCCCGCACGGCGACAUCUUUGAGACGGUGCACCCGUUUCGCCGCGACGAAACGAGCGCCUACUUCCUCGACCGCCGGCUCGACCGCGACCCAGACUUCCUGGCCGGCCACAUUUACAAACUGUGCCAGGUGCCCCCGCGGCCGUUUGUCAAGCUCGUCGGCACGCACACGGAGAGCGGCUCGGGCGGCGGCGGCGGCGACGACGACAGCAACAGCAGGGGCAGCAGGGAGACCAAGACGCGACGCGCGGACGGCGCAGGCCCGGCGGUCGAUCCGCGGUGCGACUGGGACGCGCUGGGCGCCCGGCUCGAGGGCCUCGCGCGCGCGGCCAACUACCGCGGGCGCGUCGAGGUGCGCUUCCCCGUGCGGCAGGCCCGCGUCCACGUCUACAGCGACUGCCGCGUCAACCGGUGGCGGCUGACGCCCUGGGUCGUCGCGCUGUUCACCUUCUCGCUCGCGUUUGUGCUCGCGUGGCCCGCGCUGUUCCUGGCCACGCGGCGCUGGGAGACGGUCACGGCCGAGUGGCGCAUGAGCGAUGGCCAUGCCCGUGUCCGUGUCCGUGUCGAGGAGGCGUGGUACGCCGUCUGGGCGGGCACCAUCCAGAGGGCCAUGCUGGAGAGGCGGAGGGGCCUGCUGGACCAGGGCGACCUGCAGAGGACUUGGGCGCGGGGGGGAGGCGGCCGGCAGGGCGAUGCGGUGGCGGCUGCUGUUGAGGCCAUGGGCGUGGUGAACCGCUCUUUUGGCUGGGGGGAGGAUAGCUGUUGA